UCUUACUCUCGAUUAUUAAGCCUUUGGUGGAAUUAGACGUUUCCUCGUUUAUUAUCAGCUGUCCCACAUUCCAUUGCAGUUUUUUAAGUUUUUUUUUUUACACCUCCAUCUUUUUCUUUGCUAUUUAAUUAUUUUAUAAACUGUUCCUUAUCAAACGUGCCUACAUCAAAUCAUUUGAAAAUGAGGCUCAAGUCACUGGAAUUUUCUAGUUUUCUAUCCAUCAUCGAUCGCAGGUACUAACCUCUGAAUGUACAGUGUGAAAAAAGAUAUCUCCUUGUAUAGAAAUACUAUUUGUUAUUUUGAGCAGUCAAUUUUAUUUUCUUUUCUACUAUGAAAAUAAAUAAUAUGUAAUCGUACUCUUUAAUCCUGCGGCUUUCUGUUUCUCUUUCCCUUUUAUAUAUUAUCAUUUUCAUUUUGAAAGAAUGGCAGAAAUCGAUUCUGACAAGAUCAACAGCAGCAACCCACAAGUAUAAAAAGAUCUCUUCCAAUAUGAUAGAUGGACAGUUUAGAUAGAUACAUGCCUUCAGAUGUCUUGCCUCUUCAUAUGCUUUAACUAUAAUUGGACUCUUAUGUAUGUUUUUUCAGUUUCUGUAUGAUUAAAGCAAAGAUUUGGCUGUCGAAUCAAUGGCAACGUACUUUCAUGGUAACCCAGAAAUCCAAGCUUCUGAUGGGAUGCAAACCCUCUAUCUUAUGAACCCAAACUACGUACCCUACUCUGACACAACAAUCCUCCUCAACCCAGCCGGCAACGCGCUAAACCCUUCUAACGUAUCCCACGCACCGCCAUCCAACAACCAUCAACUUCCCCUUGUCGGUGUAUCACUCCCUUCACCAUCUCCCCACCUCUCUCAAACCAAUUCUGAGGAUGUCAACGACCGUUCAUCUUUUCAUGGCAUCUUCUCUGGUGUCCACCCCGACUUAUGGGCUUCGAUCGAACAGAAUUCAGCCCCUAACCACCCACAGAUUGUCACUUUGGCCGCUCCAGGCGAUGGUAGUCAAGUGGAGUUGCGGCGACCGGUGGCUUCUUCGUGCAGGCAAGGGUUGUCACUGAGCCUCUCUUCACAGCAAGGAGUUUAUAAUAGGCCAAUAAAUGUUGAAGUUGACAUGCAAGGUCGAGGACAAGUUGGUCUAACGAUGGUAUCUGUGAAUUCUCCAUCUUCGGUUUCUGUUGUUUCGAAUGGGAUUUCAAGUACGCCAAGUGUUGUUUUGGGGUCUAAGUACUUGAAGGCUGCGCAAGAGCUUCUUGAUGAAGUUGUUAAUGUUGGGAAUAUGAUGUCUUACUCACCAAAAGCGAGCAAAGAAAAGAUGAAGUUAAGUAAAGAAACGACGGUUGUAACUGGAGAAGGGUCGUCGAAUGGUAGUGAAAGUAGUAGUGCUAAGAUUGCAGCUGAGUUAACAACAGCACAAAGACAAGAGCUUCAAAUAAAGAAGGGAAAACUUGUUAGCAUGCUUGAUGAGGUUGAGCAACGAUACAGGCAGUACCACCUCCAAAUGCAAUUAGCAGUGUCCUCAUUCGAGCAGACGGCAGGUUUUGGUUCAGCAAAAUCCUACACUUCUCUGGCUUUGCGGACAAUCUCAAAGCAAUUCCGGUGUCUUAAAGAUGCAAUUUCUGGACAAAUCAAAGCCACAAGGAAGAAAUUAGGUGAAGAAGAUUUCUUAGGAGCAAAGUUUGAGAGCUUGAGACUCAAAUAUGUUGAUCAUCAAAUUCGACAACAACGAGUUCUACAACAGUUAGGAAUGAUGCAGCAUAAUGCUUGGAGACCUCAGAGAGGGUUGCCUGAACGAGCCGUUUCAGUUCUUCGUGCUUGGCUCUUUGAACACUUCCUUCACCCGUAUCCUAAGGAUUCAGAUAAAGUCAUUCUCGCAAAGCAAACAGGGCUUACCAGGAGCCAGGUGUCUAAUUGGUUUAUAAAUGCUCGAGUUCGCCUCUGGAAGCCAAUGGUAGAAGAAAUGUACUUGGAGGAAAUGAAGGAACAAGAACAAAAUGGUUUUGAGCAGAAUGCAAGCAGAACCAAGCAGAAGGAGUCAUUUAAACUGGAGCAAGUAAAAGCAUUUCAAGAUAAAGCAAAAAAAUCAACCAACCAAAAUGCUUCUCCUACUAAACUUUCAAACUCAACAAUAUCGGCGUCCCCCGUGGGAGGAACCCUUCACCCACAAACUGGAUUCAAUCUCAUUGGAUCAUCUGACCUUGAAGGGGUUGUUCAAAGAAAUGCAAAGAGACCAAGGAGUAGUCCUCAUGACAUGAAUAACUCAAUCGAAAUGGAAUUGAAACAAGGUAACCCAAGCAGGUAUAUAAUUGGGAACAAAUUUGGUGGUGAAAGGCUGAGCAAGGAUGGGUACUCGUUAAUAACAAGCACCACCAACCAUGGCGGUGGACUUGGAGCUUAUACAAUGGGAGAGAUGGAAAGGUUUAAUCCAGAUCAACUGGCUCCAAGAUUUCAUGGAAAUGGUGUUUCACUCACUCUUGGCCUUCCCCAUGGUGAAAACCUUUCUGUGUCAGGAAACCAACAAAAUCUACUCUCCAAUAUUCAGUUGGGAAGAGGGCUCGAAUUAGGAACAAGCGAACCUGAUAAUUUCUGUGGCAUUAACUCACCACAACCUUCUCAUUCGAAUGCCGGUUUUGAAAACAUUGAUAUUCAAAACAGAAAGAGGUUUUCUGCCCAAAUGUUGCCAGAUUUUGUGACCUAAAGGUUUCCAUGCAGAGCGUCAACUUUCAACCUAUAUUUUAGCGUAUCUCUCCUUUCAGUUUUUACAUGCUGCACGGUAAUUAUAUUUAUGUUAAAUGACUACUCAAAUACAGGCCAAGAUUAUAGAAAAGAUUUGGAGGAUUCGUCUUCCCAAGUUCUGAUAAUUUUUAGGCUGCAGGCUGGCACGAGUGUAGGAGAAGGAUGCUUUGAG